AUGGCGGAAGAGGAGGCCGAAGAUGUGCCGGCGGAGCCCGAGGAGCCGUUCCCCGAGUUCAACCUCGAGUGGCGCACCCUCGCGGUGGUCCUCGACGCCGGCACCGUCGGCGGCGUCGACGCGGCCGCGGUCGAGGCCGCGCUGAUCGACCCCGAGCAGGUCCCUUGGCCCACCGUGGACGGCCGGCUCAACUGCUUCGCGCGGCUCACGCUCGCGGAGAUGACCGAGGCCGCCGAGGCCGCCGUCGCCCCGCCACCGGAGACCGAGGGCGACGCCGACGCCGACGAGGCGGCGCCCCCCGCGCCCCCCGCGGACGACGCCGAGGACGAACCGCCGAAUCCCUGGAAGGAAGUCCAGCUCCGCAUGAUUGCGUCGAGAGAGGCGCACGAAGCUUCGGAGGACCCGAACAAGGGGACGUGGACCCUCGACGCGCGCUGGAAACACGAGCUGUUCAAAACCAAGAGCGAGGUGGACAGAGAGGCGUUCAGGAUCGACCUGGCGCGCCGACGCAGGCGAGCGCUGAAGGAGUCGACCGAGAAGCUCGCCGCGGCUGAGGAGGAGAUGAGGGAGAGGGCGCCCAAGCUCGAGGCGGCGCAGAAGGCGCACGAGGCUGCGCUGGAGGCUGGCGAGGAACCCCCGCCGCCCGAGGAACCCAACCCGCCGCCCGAGGAGGAGGGCGGCGAGCCCCCGCCCGCGCCCGAGAGCGCGCUCCAGGAGGCGCAGUGGGCGUAUGAUAAAGUCUCCGCCCAAUUGACCGAGUGGCGCGCCAAGAACAUCGCCGCCAAGAACGACGUGCAGGCGCCGUGCCGCGCGACGAGGGCGUACGUGCUGCAGUCGGACCUCGGCGGGACGGGCGCGGAUAACGUCGACGCGCUGUCCGAGCUGGCGGCGGGUGGAUUUCCCAUUCGCGCGUGCGUCCAGGUGGCGCGAGCUAAGUGGGCGCCGCCUACGCCGGAUUUCUUCGAGAAACCCGCGGAUGCCGGCGACGACUGGACAGCCCCGGAGGCCCCGACCCCGGAACCCGACGACGCCCCGGGUAAGCUCACGGCAAAGUUCAUCGAGGCUCGCGCCGCCGCGAUCGCCGCGCGCGAUUGGGACCACGGGUGCCGCAAGAUCGCGUGCCUUCACGCGCAGUUUCCCAGAGACGCGGAGAGCCUCGACCCGGCGUCGAUGGCCGCGUUCGCCGCGGAGUACUGCGGGUACCUCGCCGUCGCCGACAUCGAGUACCAGCGCUGGCUCACCGACGACGCCUCACUGUCCCACGUCCCGGGGAUCACCCCGGCGGAGAUUGACGCGACGGACGUCCGCGUGUACGGUCAACUCCUGGCGGGGGUACCGCACGAGAGGGCCACGUGCGCGGUGGUCCUCGACGCCAUGAUCGGGCAGGUGUGCGCCUCCGCGACGGUGGAGGCGAUCGGCGAGGACGACUUGCGAAAGGCGCGGGACGACGCGGCGGCGGUUGAAGCGGCGGCGGCGAUCGCCGAGGCGCUCGGCGGGGUGAAGCUCGCGUCUCUCCACGACGCCGGCUCGCUGUCCGUCACGACCACCACGAUCGGCGCGGCGACGGCCACCACCCACGUCGGGUUCGAUUCGAUGGGCGGCACGACGACGAUGGGCGGCACGACGACGAUGGGCUCGACGAUGGGCGGCACGGCUGGCGGCGGCGCAGCCACGGCUGGCGGCGUCUUGCUGAUGCAAAACGGCGACUCGGCGACGACGCUUCGCGCGACGUACGGCCCCGGCCUGUUCGCGCGCGCGCUCCGCGGCGACACCGUCGCGCCGCUCGCCAGCGUCGUGCGCCUCGACCCCGACGAGGUCGAGGCAAGGAUGUCGCGUUUGCUGGCUCGCGCGUGCGCGGGCGCGGACAGGACGUGGAUGCCCGCGACGCCGGAGCUGGACGACGACGGGUACGGCGCUCGCAAGACGGCGCUUCGAACCUUCCUACCCACCCCGGAGACGCCGCUUCAGGUGCUGGAGAGGCACGAGAUGCUCACCGAAGCCGCGAACACGCUACCCCCGGGACUUUUCGAGGAGCACGGCGCGGAGGUUCGCGAGCGAAGGCACUGGGAGCCCCUCACCAGGGAGGCGUACGCGAAUCUCUACUCCAACGCCAAGCGGGACCUUCGCGGAGAGCGAAGGCUGUAUCACGCGCCGGAGGAUGCGCUCGUCACCUUGCUGCACGCGCCCGCCGCGGAGGAGGACGUGGACGCGACGCUGCAGCGCGCCAUCGACUUUCGCGAGUUUAUGGAGCGGUACCAAAACGCGGUGGCUUCGCGCAAGGCUGACGAGGCGGAGGCCCGGAGGCUGGAGGCGAAGGCGGAGGCUGCGCGAAUCGCCGCCGAGGAGGAAGCCGCGCGACUCUUGGCGGAGUCGUCCAUGCUCACCGACGAGGAGGAGGAGGAGGAGGAGGAGGAGGGCGGCGAAGCCGCCGAGCCGGCGCCGGCACCCGAGCCCGAGCCCGAGGAGCUCGAGGAGGAGGACGAGGGCAUCGGCUACGACGACGGCGAGGACCCGCCACCCGAGCCCCUCGCCCACCCCGCGUCGCCCCUCGUCACGCUGCACCCGGUCGGGUACAAGGGCAUAGAGACGGACAUCGAGCGACUCGUCGGACGCAGAACGUGCGGGUACCCGCGGUUCGGUUCGCUCGUUUCUACAGACGUCGACGGGACGACGUCGGUCGUGGCCGGCGGGGUUACGCUGGGGUUCCGGCGCGAUGGGCUCGUCGCGACGCUGGCGGGGGAGAUCGGCACGUCCAUCUCAAUCACGCGCGGGCCCGAGCCGCCCGCGCCGGAGCCCGAGGCGGCGGAUGGGGCGGAUGGCGAUGGGGCGGCGGAUGGGGCGGAGGAGGAGACCUGCGAGCCCCUCCUCGACGAAAACGGCGUCCCCGUCGUCGACGCGGAGGGUAACCCCGUGUACGCGGAACCGACCCCGCCGCCGCCGCCCCCGCCUCCGCCCAUCUCGCUCCAGUACCUCACCCCGUCUGGGCUGUGCGUUCAGGUGUCGACGGAGCGGACGGUGACGCAGAAGAAGCCCGAGGUGGACGCUUCGCCCGCCGGCGCGGGCGGGAAGGCGGCGACCGCGAGGGCGGGCGACGCCGUCAAGUUUGACGCGCACGAGACGUCCCGCGCGGUUCUCGCCGACGGAAGCGUGGUGCGGUACAUGUCCGACGACUCAACCGUCGUCAUGCUCCCGGACGGGGGACUCUGCGAGCGGCCGGGCGCGGUGGACGAGGUCACGGGCCGCGGCGAGUGGAUCGGCACCAACCUCGCGGGCACCCGCUGGCGCCAACCGGACUCGUACAUGGGCCAGCCCCGCGUCGGUCACGAGCUUCCGGAGAUUGAACCCCUCAAGGACGAGGAGGGCAACGUCGUGACGGACGAGGAGACGGGCGAACCCAAGUUUCCUCCCAAGGAGGGGGAAGAAGGGUACGUGCCGCCGACGGCGCUGAGGGACGAGGAAACCGGCGAACCCCUCCUCGACGACGACGGCAACUUCAAGCUUCCGCCGGACAUCCUCAUCGUCCCGGACCCGACGUGGGUCGACCCGGUCGCCGCCGCGCACGUCACCGACCCCGACACCGGCGCCGUCGUCACCUCCAGGGGUGAUCUCACCAUGGUGGUCAACCACCCGCCGCCGAGUCUGCGCAGGCUCGUGGUGCACUCCGACGGCACCCGCGUCGUCCGCGACCCCGACGGGGGAUGCGCGUGGAGGGUCGAACGCGAGGGCUUCGCCGCGGUGCACGCCCCCUCCGACGAUAACGAACCGAUCACGGUGGACCUGGGCGCCGCCCUCGCCGCCGUAGAUCGCGACGGCGGGGUGGCCAUCACGCUCCAGGACGGAAGCGCCGUCGCCGCGGAUGCGAACGCGACGACGGGACACGUCGCGUACGCCCCGGCGGCGUCGAGCACGGAUCCGGCGCGUGCCGCGCUCGACGCCCUGCGCGGGACGCGAGGGGCCCCGGAACCCGGUGUUUUCGUCUUUGACCUGGUCAGGAAGCGGAUUCUGGUGCACGGGGACGAGACGACGGCGGGUUUCUCGGUCAAGGCGGACGGGACGUUCGCGCCGACCGAGGCGUUCGACGCGGACUCGGACGCGGAGGGUGCCGACGGUGCCGACGGUGCCGAGGGUGCCGACGGUGGCGACGGUGCCGACGGUGCCGACGGGGGCGACGCGAAGGGUGGCGAGGACGAGACGGGCUCUUCGCCGGGCUCUUCGCCCGCGCCCCCGCGACCAAUUGGUUUCGUCUCCGCGCCGGAGGUUAAACCCCGGUGCUUCGUCGUCUACCCCGACCAGGAGUGCUACUUCGAGGUCCACUCCGAGCCCGCGUUCGCGCAGUACGCGGACGCGAUGGCGCGAGACGGCUCGUGCACGGUAACCUCCGGACCCGUCGCCGGAAGCGAACCCGGCGUCGUCAACCACACGUACCUCGCGCCGCUCAAACCCCCGCCGCGGCCGAGCGUGUUGAUCGACGCCGACCGAGUGCCGGUGGCGCCGCCCAAGCCGUCCAGGCCCUCGUCCGCGGGCCUCACGCUCCCGUCGCUGCGGCUGCCGUCCAAGCCGACGUUUCCGGCGCCGCCGCGAGCGAUGAUCGUCCCGAGGAUCGCCGCGUUCGAGGCGCCCAAACCGAGGGUGGACCCGCCCCCGUCCGCCUUUGUCUUUCGCCAGGUUGUGGAGUACCCGAGGAUGACGGCACAGCUCGCGGGGUGGCUCGACGCGAGUUUGGCCAGGUUUAAAGCGCACCAAGCCGAGAACGCCGCCGUCACGCCCGACGCGUACGUUUUAGACGACGCGAGGGGUUCGUCCUUUGUCGACGCCGAGCGCACCCUCGCCGACCGCAUCCUCGCCGCGAGGGUCGCCAAGGAGAAGGCGUACGCGGACCGGGUCACCGCCGAGGACGAGGCGCGUUUAGAGCGGGAACGACUCGAGCACGAAGCCGCCAUGGAAGCCGCGGCGGAGGCUGCGAGGAACCUCAAGAUUGCGCCCCGCGCCAAGACGCCGCCGCCGCGGCCCAAACCCUUGUACCCGCCCUGCGGCUACUUCGAAUCCGCGGAGGGACUGACGAGCUUGGAGACGAUGAAGGAUGCUUUCGAGAACGCUUUCGAGAACCCGUCGUUGAGACGGCUCCCGUCGCCCAGGCUGCCGCGAGCGGUGAAGGUGGCUGACCCGGAGCCGGCGGAUCCGCGCUCUUGGGACGGUGCGUUCGGAGACCACGAGGCGUAUAUUGACGAGGUGUACGACGGCGGCGAAGCGUACGCGCACACGCAGAACACUUACGACGACCGUUACGACCGUUACGGCCGGCACGUAGCGGAUUCGCGCCAUCCUCCAUACGCGUUCGGCGCAUCCACCGGCGCGAAACCCGAUCGCGUUCGCGCCGAGACGGAGUAUCUCGCCCGCCCCGAGGGGUACCUCUACCGCCGCCGCGAGACGCAACGAGCGCACGAGGCGCACGCGCACGCGCUGGCGACGGACUCGCGUACCUCGGCUCGCGCCGGAAAGGCGCGCGUGGACUACACCGGCCGGCGACGCGCGCGACCCGCCGCGCCGGCUUCCCUCUAUCGACGCGACACAGCUGUGUCGGCUCGAAACCGUCGGUACGACGACGUGGACGGUAACUCGCGACCGCCGGUUCGCACCACGUCCACCGUGCUGGCGUCGCACCGCGGGGGAGGAAGGGACAGACGCGACGGGACGGUUCAAACCUUCGAGCUCUCCCCCGCGCACGUGCACUUUGGGAGGGUGAGCGUUUCGAGCGGAGCCGUCGAGCGGCGCGCGACGCUGACCAACGUGGGGGUGGACGCGCAGAGGUUCUCGAUUCGUCAACCCGAGGCGCACGGGCCGUUCAGGGUGGAGUUCAGGCCCGGGAUGGUGUCCCCCGGACUGGCGGCGAGGCUACGGGUGGUGUGCGACGCGCGCGGGGUGCCGCCGGGUGAUUACGUCGGCGAGGCGGUGGUGACGACGGAGCGGCAGGUUUUCGCGCUGAGCCUCUCGGCGAGGGUGGCGGCACCGGGGGGGGGUUCGAGCGUCGACGUCUCGGGGCGGAGCGUCGUGGACGUUCACGGCGGCUCGGGGGUUCACCCGGGUGGCGAGAUGCGACUGGACGAGACGGUCUCGUUGCGCGACAUGCGGGGAGGGAGGUGAUGGGCGUGGACGCGACGAUGGGGCCCGCGACCGAGUGGCGACCGAGUGGCGACCGUUACGUUUGUCAUUUCCGAAGAUGCAUUUUAUGCGCUUCUGAUUUUAACACCCUGGGUAAAAACUCGUUGUU